AUAAAAAUAAUAAACACUGGCGAAGGAACAAGCAAAAAUCAAGUCACGAUUAACAAAAACAAACCAGCUAAAACACGAGAGAUUAACAUGGUCAGAUUAAAAAAUAAAGUCAGAAAAAGGAGCUCACGGAUCAAAACCAUAAAUCAUGCUCAUUAUAUCCGAACCGGAUUAUUUUUUACCGAAGGAAAUGUUCAAAAAAGCAUCAAAAGGCUAUAAGGGAAGCGCCAUUUUGUGAGGGUACCUUCGAUCGGGGCGGGAAAACAGGAAGGUGGUGACCAAUAGAAUCACUCGCUUUCAAAAGGCGUUCUAAAAUCCAACCAAUAAGCGAAAAGGUCGAUCCACUCAUGCGCUCUGGCGUCGAUCCAUAGAAUUAUAGAUAUAGCACGGCAGUAUGGGCUUGGCCGCUGCCGCGACAGGACGCGCAUGUCUGUACAAAAACAUUUUUGUAAAAAAAAUAUGUCGAAGUGCCUCAAAAAUUAAAACUAGUGAAUACUAUUUUGGUGUAUUAAGUUAUUUCAACCUUAGUGUUUGGUCUUUUUAAGUGUCCACCUGACAAUAAUAGAGCUUACUGAUAGUCUUAUAAGGCGUCAAGAUUGCUAAGAAGAAGGUAAAACGUUGUCGCACGGAGUUGGCGGUGAGCGAGGGCGUGAUGGUGAUGGCAAGCGGCGGCGGCGGACUGGUGCAGUCCCCGCCCGACAUGCUGCAUCACCACAACCUCAUGGAUACCUCAAGCCACGUCGAGAUGAUGCCCAAAAAGCUCCGGCUGUCGUUAUGCGUCGGGUGCGGCGGGCAGAUCCACGACCAAUACAUCCUCAGGGUAGCGCCCGACCUGGAGUGGCACGCCGCCUGCCUCAAGUGCCAGGAGUGCCGCCAGUUCCUCGACGAGAGCUGCACGUGCUUCGUCAGGGACGGCAAGACCUACUGCAAGCGGGACUACACUAGGUUAUUCGGCACAAAGUGCGACAAGUGCGGAUCGUCGUUUAGCAAGAACGACUUCGUAAUGCGAGCGAAGACGAAAAUCUACCACAUCGACUGCUUCCGCUGCUGCGCCUGCGCGAGGCAACUAAUACCUGGAGACGAAUUCGCGUUGAGAGAAGGCGGUGCUUUAUACUGUAGAGAAGACCACGAUGUUUUGGAAAAGACUGCGAACACGAGCAGUGGCAGUGGCGCCGAGAGCAAUAACAACACCACCCUUAGCAACAACAACUCACACCAUCCACACGAGUUGGGCUCUAUGUCGGAUUCUGGCAGUGAGUCAGGGUCACACAAAAGCGGCAGGGCGCGGACUACUGCUGCAGCAGAUGGAAAACCGACGAGAGUUCGUACUGUACUUAAUGAAAAACAACUACAUACGCUUAGAACUUGCUACGCGGCUAACCCGCGCCCCGAUGCUCUGAUGAAGGAACAGUUAGUGGAAAUGACUGGACUCAGUCCCAGAGUCAUAAGAGUUUGGUUCCAGAACAAGCGUUGUAAAGAUAAGAAAAAAACUAUACAGUUGAAAAUGCAGAUGCAGCAGGAGAAGGUGGAAGGCCGCCGCAUGGGGUACAUGUCGAUGGGCGUGCCGCUCGUAGCGGGCUCGCCGGUGCGGCAUGAGCCGGCGGGCAGCCUGGCGCUGGAGGUGACGGCGUAUCAGCCGCCCUGGAAGGCGUUGUCGGACUUUGCUCUACACGCGGACUUGGACCGUGCGCCGCAUCACAGCGCGGCAUUUCAGCAGCUUGUAAAUCAGAUGCAUGGUUACGACGUGCCAUCGUUGCCACCUCCACGGCCGCCUCACGGCGAGGACAACUACGUAACCUACCUCGAGAGUGAUGACAGCUUGCCGCCUUCACCCUAGUGCACCCUAACAUAAUGGCCGCAAGGCCAGCAAAUUAAUGCUGUCUGACUGAAAAUAAACAGUGCGUGGUACAGGAAAAAUAUUCGCAAAUACCAUGACAUUAGAUGAAAUGUUAACGGUGCCGAUCAAAUAUUCGUUUAAUGCCUAUCACAGUAUCUUCAGUCAGGCUUCAUUUUCAAUGGACUUUAAAAUUGAAACACACAGGAAAUCAUACAGUUAGCGUUAAAUGUUCGUCUUUGUUUAUGGGAAUUGAAUGUAGGGGAUAGUGCAAGAUUAAUUCUAUAUUCUUUUUUAUAUUCGUGGUUUAAUAAGUUAUUGAUUUUGAAAUUAAAAUCUGCCCGUAAUAUAUGUCGUCUGAGCACUUUCUCUAGAGCACGUGAUAACUUUUUUUUACUUAUAACCAACCAAAUACUAACAACUCUAAUAAGUAAAAUUAGUUCUACGAAAGCAAUACACAAUAUCCUUUGUUAUUAUUGUAGGUAAGACACUACAUAACAUACCUACUGAACAUUUGCAGUAGACAAGUUAUUGAACUGCGCGUUCGUAAGUAAAUGGGAUGCGCUGGUAAGAAAGUAAAUGGGAUAAUUUUAAGGCCGAUAAAAUUAUCCCAUUUACCUACAUACCAGCGUAUAGGGAAGAGUAAAUUAUGAAAGAUAGUUUACCAGUUACCUCCAUAGAAGGCUGUAUCCUCGAAAACUAAAAGCGUGGUAGAAAUGAUAGCGUUGUCCCAUGACUGUAAAGCAAUUCUAUUUAGCCUGUGUUGUAGUUUACGUCAAAUAUUUUAUAGAUUUUUUUCUACUUGAGAAACCUACUUGUUUCCAUGGGAUGUUGAUAUCAAUGGAAUGGAGGUUCUCUUGAGUUAAGAUAAGACUCAAGAGUUCAGAAUCUUCAUUAAUUCUCUCUUCCCUGUAACGGGUUAAAUACAGUUUCUAACAAAAAUAAUGGGGGUCCGUUUAAUAGGAUAGCGAAUAUGCCCUUAAACGGAAUCCCCACUAUUUAUGAUACACCCUGUAUAAUGUAAACUAUUAAGAAUAAAUUUAAAUUGUAUAUUUGUUAAGUUAAAAGUAUUCAGAUAUACGUUAUAAUUAUAAUCUGCUUUUAUGUGAUGUUUACCAUUAGUUUAUUAAUAAUAAAUAAAUUAUGUAUUUUCAUAUUUUGAAUAAGUACCCUUUGUGUAUUUUUUACAUAAUUUAACUAAGAUCAAGAUCUGUUAGCCAUUGUCAUGUAUAUAGGUUUUGUGUACAUAUAAUGUAAAAAUUGCAUAUAAUAUACAUAAUUGAAUAAUUACUAUUAGCUACAUAAUAAUCAGUAUAACGUAGUUUAAGAGAACAAAAAUAAACUGCGUGUAUGUUCUAAAAAAAUAUGACAAUGAGUGUAAAAACAAGCCUUUGAAGUAACUUUUCUUAAAUAUUUCGGGAAAAAAAAAACGAUAAAAACAGUUACCCGCACAAUUUUCUACACAUUUUUAAUUUACAGAAAAACAAACAUUGCUUUUUUUGUUGUACAAUACAUUCAAUAAUUUAUAGAGAUUACCAACUUUUAAUUUAUUUUGUAGUUAAUAAAACUAUACAAUGUACCUACUUAGAUUGUGAGCAUAAUAAUAAAAAAAGAAUGAGUACUUAA